AUGGAGGAGCACAGGGAAGGCUCAAUUCCUCUCGAGAACGUUUCGCGACAUAGCGUCGUCUCUAGCGACGAGACUCCCAUAUACCAUGAUCAUGGACGGAUUACACCACCGGAAUACUAUGCGAAUGAGGGAUCGGGUUCUUCAACAAAUCAUGAUGAAGAGCUUCCUGGCUAUAGCCAGGUUCGGUCAACGGGCCAAAUGGUCGGUCGAGGGCACAGUGCUAGAAUCCAUCGCUCGGUGUGGGUGUCUUUUGGGACAAUUCUCUAUGUCGCGAUGGCCGUUUACGCAUGGGCCAUAAUGGCGACGCUGCCAUUUCAUCCGAUAAAGGGGAAAUCAUGGGGAUACUCUUUGAAGAACAAUUUGUACGAGGACCGUCUUAAGAAAUUUGACUAUGCUUUGGAUAAGCAUCUCUACCGAUCCGCCCAAAUCGUCCAGGCCAUCGUUCAAGUUGCAACGCUUCCUUGGAUCACCGUCGUCUGUGCAAGCGCCGCGGUGAUCUAUACCCAGAACCAGAAAAACGCUAUGGAUCUUCGAUUGCGAAACGUAAUGGCUUUGGCUGAUCGCCGAUGGAACGAGUUAUCUUUGUAUUGGUCCUUGGCUCAUGGUGGAUGGAAAAGACAUGGCAGCACAUUGCUAUUCAUCGCAAUCUUCGUCUGGUUCUUUGGUGUCAUCACCUAUCCUGUUCAAUCCAUCUUUCUCACCAGUCAAUCCAUCAAGGCUCAAAAUGGGCCUAGUGAGAGAGCACUUAUCUUUGACUUUGUCGACGAUGAAUACUCUACAUAUCCGCCGCAAACUGGAGUUGAUGUGUUCAGUACUCGAGCCGACCUCAGCAAAGCCGAUGGAAAUGCAUACCAGCCAAACCUAUGGGAUAAUAGCGGCGAAGCAACAUUUAAGACGCUUAGUGAAAUUAGCUCUGGGAAUUUUUAUUCUCAGAUCCCCAGUGGAUUCAAUACUGGGUUAGUUCGCCAAUUUGCACCACGUGUGAACUCUACAGCUGGAUACGAGACCAUUGAUCCCAUAGACUUCCCGACCAACUGCAGUAUUGGAACUGAUCACUUCUACGCCGAUUAUUCAUCUUCGUACGCAUAUUCUGGUACAUCUAGGAUAUACAAAUGGGGCGUUAUCGCAUGCAUGACAUCAAAUUCAUCAAACACUCCAUGGAAUUUCACGCGUAACCGUCAAGAUUUCACCGAGACUCUUUAUCUCAAUUUCACUUCGUCAAUCACCGAUGGUGGUUACGACCCCACAAUAACACUUUAUCGAAUCACCGUCAACACCACAGCAGGAUAUUUUGAGUUGCCAAACUACUUGAACAACGGGAUUCCAGGUCCCUUGCUUGACGAUGGUCCAACAUCUCUUUGUGAUAAGCACUGCAUGAAUCAAGGUUAUUGGGAUUCAUAUCAAGUUUUGAAACGCCGGGCCGAAGACACGUCAAAUAUCACCGCCCUUCAAAAUGCAUCGUGGUCUUCAUUUGACCAGACUUACAAGGGACCGUUGUUAAUGACCGCAUUGGCAACCUUCGGCCCCGGCUCUUUUUUUGAGAUGUUUACUGCUGAGUUUGACGUUAUGCAAGACGAUGUCAGUUUUGGCGGAAAUGAUGAAACAUGCUUGGCGAUCCCCCCGCUUUUCAAUAUUCUCAGUACUACUUCUUCGGAUUAUGUGACCAAUGAGGGCUGUCUACAGGGUGAUGGCUACUACACACUUGCUGGGGGUGUGAUAACACAAUAUAUCGAUGUGUUCACCAGCCAGGCCAAUCGAUUCCCAACUGCUUUUACAGCAGCGGCGUAUCUCGCAAACCAGAACUUUAUGAAACAGUUACCUGGAGCAUUGUAUGUCUACCAAGAUCUAGGCGUUGAUAUCAAUAUCCCUUCCAUCUCAUUGGCUGGAGUUAUUGUUGUUUCUGUCUUGAUGGCACUGUAUCUUAUCCCAUUGCUGUGUCUUUCUAUAUAUGCUGGACGCUAUCCACGCUGGACAUCGCGCUUAGACUCUUUUGUCAUGUUGCGGUUUGGUGCAUUUGCAGGGGACAAGGUGUUUCCUCUACUGGUUACCCGUAACCUGGACGAGGUGUCAGAAUUAGAUGAGAUGCCGGGGGUUAUUCGAAAUGUUGCGGUACCGUCUGAUGAUGAUGUGAUUAAGAUUGGUAGAUUGGGAUUCGGGGAAGGUGCGGCCUUACAGAGAGACCAUCGAUAUGAAAGUUUCAAAGGAGACGAUGAGAAUUUGACAGAUUGGGAAACUCGGGCUAUGCAGGGAAGUAUUCGUCGUCGAAACUGA